GCACUCACUACACCUUCGCUCCCAAGUCCCAACCCGAAAUCCUCAGCCCUACCUUCCUCAUGUCUUCUCUCGUAAAACGACUCCACCACCUAACCCCAUGCCUGCAGUCCACCGCCCACCAGCUCCGCCAAUUAAGAACCGGGGCCGGCCCAAACAGGCGGCGAUCCAAGUCCCCUCCCUUUGCAGCCAAGAAGACUGAUGAGAAAUCGGACUGGUGGAUAGUCGACGGCGAGAUGCACGAGAUAGGAGAACACGUGCCCCCACGUGAGCGAUUUGUUAUCCCUAGAGACAACGUCCCCAACAAGCGGCGAAAGCAACUUCGUGAACAGUUCAUGCGCCGCACUCGCCUUGUUAUCAAGGAAUCAGAGCAUGAACCUUGGUGCAAAAGAUACAUGGAACUAUAUCAGGAGCUUAGAGAGAAUUGGGAGCGGCUAUACUGGGAUGAGGGCUAUUCCAAGAAAAUUGCGCGAGAUCAUGCAAAUUAUGAGUCUGCUGAGGAUGAUGAUCAAGAUUUUAACCCGUACAGGAGCAAGCGACCUGAACAGGUGAAGGACCAGGAUUUUGGGAGAAACAGGCAAGGUGAUACAUGGGAAAAGGUUAGCCAAAUUCGAGAUAAAUUUGAAUAUGACAGAGAGAAAAGAAUGAGGGAGAAAGCAUUUGCACCGAUGAAUAGAGGAACUUCUUUUGACUUGCCUCAUUCAAACACCCAGAAUCGGCCAUUUGACACUCAACGAUACUUCCCUGAUGAAGGGGACUCUUAAAAAGGAUUGCGAACGAUCAUGUAAAGAAGACAUCAAUGCAGUUCUACUGUCAAGUUCCCUAAAGUUAAAACCAUUGGGGGUUCAUAGUGGAGAUCUGCAAGAAGAGCGUUUAAUGGUAUUUGGUCCUGAAAUCCAUGCCAUACACACCGAUUGACCAUUGUCUACCACACCAGGAAGCAAGGGGUCUCUGAUAACACAUGGAUUGCACAUCAUUUUUUAACCGAGUUAUUAGUUUUGUGAAUAAUCUAGCUUAUGAUGUCCCUUUCAUGAACGUAAUUGCCUGUAAGCGUAAUUUAUCUGGAUCAUUAAUUGUAAGGAAGUUGAACUUUGAGGCAUAAAGUUUAGAAUUUUUUCCACAA